GCCCGCGUGGCCUUCGCACCGAGUGCUUGGGAGAGGCGGCCACGCAGUUCCCGGCUGUGCGGCUGAGGCGAGUUCUUCAGACCCCUGUGAGUGGGAGCGUGGGGUCGGUCCCCCAGCUGGAGAAGGUUGUGAGCAAUGGCGAUGGCACUGGCAGUGCUGCGUGACUGGUGCAGGUGGAUGGGCGUGAAUGAGCAGCGCUCGCUGCUCAUCCUGGGCAUUCCCGACGACUGUGAGGACCAGGAAUUCCAGGAGGCCGUGCAGGCUGCCCUCCACCCCCUGGGCAGAUACCGAGUGCUGGGCAAGGUGUUCAGAAAGGAGUUCAGAUCCAAGGUCGCCUUGGUGGAGAUGGCUCAGUAUUUAAACCGAAGUGUGAUCCCCCGACAAAUACCAGGCAUGGGAGGACCCUGGACUGUGGUCUUCCUGCCCCAGGCCCCGGAAUCAGAGUCAGAGGAUACACUCAAUUUCCUUGCACAGACCCAGAGGCAAGCAGGGGUUGCCCUGGCAGGCGAGGCAGGAGCUGGGGAUGGGGCAGGAGCUGGAGGCAAGGCAGCUUCUGGAGGCAAGGAAGGAGCUGGAGCAGGAGGUGAGGCAAGAUCUGGAGGCGGGGCAGGAGCUGGAGGUGAGGACGGAACUGGAGGCAAGGCAGGAGCUGGAGGCCGGGCAGUGGCUGGAGGUGAGGAAGGAACUGGAGGCAGGGCAGCCGCUGUGGGCCAGGCAGGGCCUGAAGAGGAAGCAGGAGAGUCAGAUGAGGAGGGAGCCGCUGGGGACGCAGGAAUUGCAGGUUUGUUAGGAUCUGUGAGUGUGGCAGGAGCUGCAGGUGAGGCGGGACCUGCAGGUGAGGAAGGAGCUGUGGGUGUGGCAGGAGCCAUAGGUGCGGGAAGAUCCUGGACCCAGCCUUGGAGCCCGGCCUGGCAGCCUGUGCUGGAAAACAGGGCCUCUAUGAAACUGAGAACCUUUCCUGGAAUGGAAGAGCCACACCGAGAAGAAGAGUCCUUUGAGAGCUGGCUGGAUCACACCAGCGACAUGCUGUACCUGUGGUGCCACAUCACAGAAAGGGAGAGGAGGAGGAGGCUGAUGGAGAGCUUGGGUGGCCCCGCACUGGAUCUCGUGUGCGGCCUCCUGGCAGAAAACCCUGACGUCCCUGCACAGGAUUGCCUGGCCGCGCUGGUCCAGGUGUUUGGGAGGAAGGACACCCCCACGACCGCACGGCUGAAGUUCCUGACCUGUGGCCAGCGGCCCCAGGAGACUCUCUUUGUCUAUGUGAUUCGCCUGGAAGGCCUGCUGCAGUCGGCCGUGGAGAAGGGGGCCAUCCAUCCCAACGUUGCGGACCAGUUGCGCGCCCAGCAGGUGCUGAUGCGGGCCCGCCCCAACGAGAUGCUCGAGAACAAGCUGAGGAGGAUGCGGCUGGACAGGAGACCACCUGGCUUCCUGGGCAUGCUGCGGCUCAUUCAGGAGACCGAGGCAUGGGAGGCCACCGCAGCUAGGAGUGAGCACUUGCAAGUGGAAGAGGGGGCCCGUGUGGGCACCGGAGGCCUGGCCGCUGCCCGGGCCAGUGGAGAGGUUGCCGAAGCCUCCCCAGCCAGGGAAGAUGCUUCCCAGGCUGCCCCGGCCAACCUAGGGGCCAGUGAGGCCGUUCCUGGCAGUGCCGAAGCUGAUACGGCUGCUCCUGAAGCCCAUGAUGCCGCCAGGGCAGCCCUCGUCCCUGAGGAGGCCCCCAAGAUCUUCCCUGCCACGCAGGAAGAUGAAAAUGCUCCCGCCUCUGCGGGCCUAGCUCAGCCGCCCCCACCCCGCCCCGGAGACCUGUCGAAGCCCAGUCCCAGGAGAUGGCGGGAAGGACAGAAGAAGGCACGGCUGGUGCUGACCCCGCGACCUCAGGAAGGAGGCACUGGACCAAGGACAGAGGUGGCCUGCGGGAGUCUCCGUGGAAACCGUGCUGUGAUGUGCCACUCUCUUGUUACUUGUGACUGAGUUUCUUUGGCUUGUCCGAGUGCCCCAUGCUGCGUUUUGCAGCGUCCUGUGACUGUCCUGUGCAGGCCAUAGGGCAGGGCCAGGCCCCAGCAUGUCGGCCAGAGGGGAGAGUGCCCUGGAGUGAGGGGCCAUGGCCAGCGUCCAUCAUCCUGGCCAGAGGCCGAUCGUGGGGCCCUCAGGAAGGGAGGCUAUGGCGGGGGGGCCACGGUGUUGGGGGGAACAGGGGCACCUCAUUUGGGACCCCAAGAGGAGGGGGGCUGUGACCUGUGGGCUGUAGUGGCUGCUCGGCGUUCCUCUCUGUGUUGUCCCUCCUUCUCUUCAAUGGUUUCAGCAAAUGUUUCUGUUCAAUAAAGUUCAUUGAAUGUU